AUGUGCUCCUCCUAUCCACUUCUAACCCUCAACCCUCUUGCCGGUUACAGCCUUUCGGCAGCUCUCUAUCCAUCUGCAAUCACCAACCCCCACGGCUUCCGACUUCCAUUCAACCCACACCACCAAACAAGUUCUCGAAGGCAGUUCUGCUGUGUAGCACUUUGUUACUCACUUUCAGCGGCCAACUACACCAUCGUCGAUGUUCAAUGGGACUUACCCAUCCAGCCCGGCAACGCUUCCUCUGACACCAUCUACGUCAACGGAGCAAUCGAGAACGCGAUUAAUGAAAUGGAAUACCUCCAUCUCGGCCAGAACCAAACCUUCGAAAACUACCUACGAGCCCUUGCUCAAGCCAACACCGCUCAAGAUACGGAAGACCCGACGGGGUGGGAAUGCGACAUCGAGGGUGUCGGAUGCCAAACAUGGGUUCCAGAAAAAGGUAUUACUUACCUCCGUGAAGUCGAGGGCACCCCCAAAAAUGGCCCCGGGCCAAACGAGUGUGGGCGUGUUAGCUGCGGGUAUGGGGCUGCUAUUCAUUGGUGCAAUGAGAAUGGCUUUGAGAAAGAAGUCACCUGGGAUGGUAUUGCGGAUGGGGCGGAGGAUUUGAAGGGAUUGUGUGGAACACAUAGGCGUUGGUCAACGGUGAAGGUCAGGGUUGAUUUCAAGGAUAAUUGGAAUGUGGUCGUGGUGGAGAAUGAUUGCUGAAGGGGGCCCAGGGCAAUCUUAAGCCUCGAUGCUGGACUAGGGGUUCACAAGUUGGAGUGGAAAGGUUGCUGCGCUGGAGACAUAUGGGAGUCUCUUGAUUAUAUGUCAGCCUUUUUCACCUCUCUUAUAACAGGCAUACAACAAAACCGUGAAAGUAAAAAGCUCAAGAACUCGGUAUUCCUCAUUUCAUCACCAGGAUGACGCAGCGACGGCCAUCAUCAAGUCUCUACCUACUACCCCUCCAGCCAAG